AGACUAUUAGGUCAUCUUCUCUAAUCAAUUUUUUCCAUCUCUAAUAAGAAACGGGAUUAGAGAGAAAUGGCUUCGUUUUUUUGCCGGCAUCAGAUAAACAUCUUAAGUUUAAAAGAAAACGAAAUAGUAAAUCAUCAAAUUCUUUUAAUAAAAGGCUAUGUCGAAUCAUACGAAUGCCUUAUAAAUAGUGUUAUUAAUUUGCAAGUGUUAAAUAUUGCAAAUGAUAAGAUAUUAACGACAGGCAUCUCGCAAACCAACGGGCAAUUUAAGUUUCUAGUCGACUUGGGCUUAAAUGAUUCUGCGUUUUUCUUCAAAUUUACUUAUUGUUCGACUUCAGUGACAAAAAGUAUACAAUAUCAACCCUUACGAAGUGAGUUCAAAGUCUUGCCCUUCUUGGUGUUAGCUCAAGAUGAAUCUGUAGAUGAGCAAACUGAGGUAAAUCAAUCGAUUGUUGAUCUCAAUUUACUUUUGGUGCAAUCCGUUUACGCUGAUAAGCUUCGUGAGGCUGUUAAAGCCAGGUAUACCUUUGAAUUAUUAGAACAAUGUAAAAUAUUUCACAGCGAAUUGUCAAAAGAGGAAAUUUGGAAUAGUAAUGAAAACGAAUUAUGGCAAUUUAUUGCCCAAGAACUCCUCAACUCGGAAUGGGGUAAGAAUAAAUGCAUCAAAUUUAUAGCCUUCAUAAAUUGCAGCAAAUAUGAAGGUUUAGAGGUCGAAAAGUCCGGGAAUUUUUCUUAUGCCAACAUUAAAAAGCAUACUAGAGGUCACGCAGCUUUAGGUGGUGGUGGCUUAGCGUUAUUCGGUUCCGUGUAUUUCUAUUGCUGGCCAAGAUAUUUUCAUGAAGUAUUGAAAUGUUUUCAAAACCAACAACCGGUGAAUUUAUGCAAAGAACCGGACGAAAGCAACUAUCGCAAAACGUGGGCUGGUGUAUAUGCUUCGACUCUAGGUGCCUUAUGCCAUGAAUUGGGUCAUAUUUUCGAUUUGGGUCAUACCCAGAAUGGUAUCAUGGGGACCGGCUUCGAUUUUAUAAAUCGCGUAUUCACCUUAAACACUGCAACUGAACACUUGCCUGAACGUAUUGUUGUGCGCGAAGAACAGAAAGAACUUCCUACAACACGGCUUACCAGAUUUAAGAAACCAGCUAAUGGUUUCUUGGAUAACUAUCGCCAACAAAAGAAGAAUGAUUCAUUUUAUUUUACUAUUAAUUGUGCAAUUAUAUUAGCGCACCAUCCGUGGUUAAGACAGGAUAUCCAAAGUGAUUUUCUGAACUCUGAAUUUCAAGUCAAUUAUUAUGCGCAUACGAACACAAUAAAAGUGCAGUCCGCAGGUCCAGUUUUAAAAUGCGUAGAGAUACGUUGUAGGGCGAAUAGUUUGGUAAAAGAAUGGUAUGAAUUUAAAGAUUCGGCAACCUUAACGUUUACAUUUCCCCGACUCCUAAAUGGGUUCAGGGCUACGCAUUAUAUAUUUGUGAUGAGUGAUAAAGGCCACGCAAAACGUAUAGAUAUUUAAAAGGCUGAAAAGGUGAUGAUUUUUGAAACUAUUAGACAAAGUUACAAUUUCACGCUUGGUUGCAUUAAUUAACCACACUGCAAGAAGCCAGACAACGUCAUCUUCAAUUAAUUAUUGUAUAGUAUAACAACAAUAAUUGCAAUUCUUACUCUUGCUGAUAAAUAUUUAAGAAAAAAUUCAACUCAUACACUACCCGCGGCAUCGUCAACAUUUUCAUAAACACGUCACAGUCAUUCUUCAAUCAACACUUCGUGAAUUAAACUCGGUUUAAUUUGAGCGUGCACGUUAUCAUUU